AUGGAAAACUGGGGACUCGGACCAGUUGUGGUCAAGAUGAGUCACCGGAAGUUCGAAGCGCCUCGCCACGGCUCUCUGGCCUACCUCCCCCGCAAGCGCGCUGCCCGCCACCGCGGAAAGGUUAAGAGCUUCCCCAAGGAUGACGCCAAGAAGCCCGUCCACCUGACUGCCUCCAUGGGCUACAAGGCCGGUAUGACCACCAUCGUCCGUGACCUUGACCGUCCCGGUGCCAAGAUGCACAAGAAGGAGGUUGUCGAGGCCGCUACCGUCAUCGAGACCCCUCCUCUCGUUGCCGUCGGUGUUGUCGGUUACAUCGAGACUCCCCGUGGUCUCCGCUCUCUCACCACCGUCUGGGCUGAGCACCUGAGCGACGAGGUCAAGCGCCGCUUCUACAAGAACUGGUACAAGUCCAAGAAGAAGGCCUUCACCAAGUACACCAAGCAGCACGCCGACAACAGCGGUGCCGCUGUCUCCCGCGAGCUUGAGCGCAUCAAGAAGUACUGCACUGUCGUCCGUGUCCUCGCCCACACCCAGAUCCGCCAGACCCCCAUCAAGCAGAAGAAGGCCCACCUUAUGGAGAUCCAGGUCAACGGUGGCUCCAUCGCCGACAAGGUCGACUUCUCCCGCAACCUGUUCGAGAAGACCAUCGACAUCGACUCUAUCUUCGAGAAGGACGAGAUGAUCGACGUCAUUGCCGUCACCAAGGGUCACGGUUUCUCCGGUGUCACCUCCCGUUGGGGUACCACCAAGCUGCCCCGCAAGACUCACAAGGGUCUGCGUAAGGUCGCCUGUAUUGGUGCUUGGCACCCUAACCACGUCCAGUGGACUGUUGCCCGUGCCGGUCAGGACGGUUACCACCACCGUACCUCUUGCAACCACAAGGUCUUCCGUAUCGGCAAGGGCUCCGAUGAGGGCAACGCCUCCACCGAGUUCGAUAUCUCCAAGAAGCAGAUCACUCCUCUUGGUGGUUUCGUCCACUACGGUGAGGUCAAGAACGACUACGUCCUGCUCAAGGGCUCUGUUCCCGGUGUCAAGAAGCGCGUCAUGACCCUGCGCAAGACUCUGUACCCCCAGACCAGCCGCCGCGCUACCGAGAAGGUCGACCUCAAGUGGAUCGAUACCUCCUCCAAGUUCGGUCACGGUGCUUUCCAGACCGCCGAGGAGAAGCGUGCUUUCCUGGGUACCCUCAAGAAGGACCUUAUCCAGACCGUUUAA